CCAACACCAGAGCAAAACCACCAUCUGCGCAAGUUUCAAGGCCCAGAACCAAUUCCACCGGCCAGCUAAAGAGUGAGGGCAGACUAACACAGAGAUCAUCCCCCAGCAGCCACGCACCUGUUGCCCAGCAUGGCUGAACAAGAUGCAUUCCUGCACCUCACCCGCCCUCUGGGUCCUGUCGCAGUUGGCGCACAACCCACAACAGCCCCCCUCCGCGUCGUGAUACAACCACAAGCUCUCUUCUCGAUACUGGACCACUGCGUUCGCCGCCCUCCCGACCAGCAGCGAGUCAUUGGCACCCUGCUGGGAACCCGCUCCGACGCCGAUGAAUCCCAGGUCGUCGUCCACUCCUCUUUCGCCGUCAGCCACACCGAGACGACUGACCAGGUCGAAGUGGACAUGGAAUAUCAGAAGGCCAUGCUGGCCCUGCAUCUCCGUGCGAACCCCAAGGAGGUCCUGGUGGGGUGGUACGCCACCAGCUCAGAGUUGAACACCUUUUCGGCUUUGAUCCAGAACCACUACAGCAGCCAGGGCGAAGGCACGUUUCCCUAUCCGGCGGUCCAUAUCACGGUGUCAUGCCAACCAGGUCAAGACAUCGAAGUGAGAACGUACAUUUCCUCGCCAGUAGGCGUGAGCCCCGAGAGGGCGGCCGACUCGGCGGCAUUCAUCCCCAUCCCUUACACUGUCAACUACGGCGAGGCCGACCGCGCCGGUCUAGAGGCCGUGGGAUACGCAAAGGACUCGGAGAGCAGGACGGCGACGAUCCUCACGGAGAUUGAGAGCCUCGAAAAGUCGUUGGAAGACACCCUGGGCAUGCUGGACCGGGUGGGAAAGUACGUGGAAAACGUGAUCGAGGAAGAGACAGAGCCAUCUACCGCGCUGGGCCAGUUUCUCCUCAACACCCUGGCCCUCGCGCCGAAAGUCGAUCCCGCCGAGAUCGAAAAGGAUUUCAAUAACCACGUUCAAGACGUCUUGACUGUGUCCUACCUUGCCAACAUGAUCCGCACACAGAUGGACCUGUCGAACAGGCUAGCGACAUCAGCAUUGACCAUGGGUGGCGGUGAAAGUGGUGCUACGGAGAAGGAAGGACGAGGUGAUCGCAGACAGAACCGACAAGGUGGACAGGCGAGGCAGAAUAGGACAGAGAGUUUCUCGGUGUCCAAUGUUUGAAAUGAUCAUGGAACGCAGGCAGCCUAUCUGAGAUCGGCUGCUAUACAUGAAGGCGGAUAGCCCAGUGACACCUGCUCUGUGUCGCAAAGUGUCUAGUCGUCCCGAAUGGACGCCAAAGCAACUCUGAGUGAUGAUUGCAUGAAAGAGCAGUUGGGAUCUGCUCGAGACACGCGCAUACUGUCUCUGAAAUAGGGAAUGACUGCAAAAGUCAUCCUGGUGGACAGUUCAGCUGAGGUCUCUCAUAUGAUAGCCGCCCACAGACAGCAGAUGCUUGGGCAGAUAGACCGAGCCGACUCCGCUUGGUAAACUUUCACGAAUAACAUGGUGUAUUGGUUCGUCAUUCGGUGAGGUAGAUUUCCCAAACCGGCCUCUCGUUGUUGUCAAAAGAGGCAGUGUGCUGGAUGUCUACCUGGUGCCGUCCUGACAGGGGAUGUCUCUGGCGGCUCUGGACAGUUGGAUGCCCCUCUUUCUCCAUAGGUUUUGGAUGCUUUUUGGUAGGAUCAUGUGUGCC